UCUUGGUUUUUCAUUUGGAAAAGACUGAUCCAUGCAGAGAUAUUGAGAGAGAGAACAAAAUGUAGUUAGGCUUUUAGUCACAUUCAGGCGCUGUUGUUAUUUGAUGGAGUAGGUAGAGAGGGAGAGAGGAUAAUCGAUCAAUGAUGAUCAUGUUUUUCACAUGGACUCAUUUGCCACCCUUCCUCUCCGUGCUCUUGCAGUCUUCAGGAAUGUCCUCAACGAAGAGCUUGUGAAGAGCGUUCAUGUCUACCUGUGCGAGAACGGGAAGGAAAUUACAGUGGAGAGGGAGUUCAUGUUUUGCCCCAAUUCAUACAAGCAAAUGACCCCUAUUCCCAACCUUGUUCAUGGCUCCUCUGGCUUUAAUAUUCAUAUCUUUAACAAUGUUGGGGCCAUUGUUGAAGCCAUUAGAGAAGGGCAACAGGUUGGCUUAUGGCUUUGUAUCCUCCUCUUCAAUUCUCAUCACCCACCUGUUUCUUCUCCACUCCCCGCCCUCCUCACCAUUUCCAGGAAUCCUAAAUUAAAAUCAAUACCAACAUUAGCCAACGAUCUUCAAAAGGUUUCUGAGUUCAGAUGUGCAAUUGAAGAUGAAGAAGUCAAUACAUUUGACCGUCAGGAAUCAACUAGAGUUUAUGAAUUUAAUUUUUUUGAUAAAUCACAAAUUGCGCCUGUUGUUCACACAGUUCCAUCACCUUCUUCAUUUGCCGAAGGUCUGUCUAAGAUUCAGCAUAUUGGGAACUCAAUACCAGUCAGAAAUAAGGUUUGGAAAAAUAGAGCCCCAACCAAGCAUGUUGCAAGCAUCGCUCUUUCUGAUCUUUCCAAGCACUUCAAUGUCCCCAUGGCUGAAGCGUCGAGGAACUUGAAGGUGGGCCUCACCGUUCUCAAGAGGAAAUGCAGAGAAUUUGGGAUACCUCGAUGGCCUCAUCGUAAGAUCAAAUCACUUGACAGUCUCAUACAUGAUCUCCAGGACGAGGUGAAGCGACAGGAGCGAGAGAAUGAGGCAGCAGCCAAAGCUGCAACAAAGAGGAGAAAGCUGUUGGAAAGAGAGAGGGAGACCAUUGAGAGGAGGCCAGCUUCGGAGAUUCAGAGUGAGACGAAGAGAUUCAGGCAGGAUGUGUUUAAGAGGAGGCACAAGGCCAAGGCUCUCUCCAACAAAGUAGCAACUUCCCUGAGGAUAUAAAUCUCGACAAGCCCCAUAGCCAACCCAACAGAGUCUCUCGUCUUAUAGUACUUUUAACCAAGAAGUACACUAGCAAUUGUAGGUAGUAAGGGGGAAAAAAGGAAAAGAAACAGACCCUCCGAGUUCAAUUUGGUAUGUAAGUUGUAUAUUUCUCUUUAGCAUGUAAGUUGUACAUAAAAUAUCUAAAGCAAAUAUCGCAACACCGGAUUUGACAACAAAAA